UAUUUAUUUCCUGAAGGCAGCCGCUGUUUAGCUUGUAAACUGGAACUUGCGUGCUUAAAUCAGAGCAGUCUGGCAGCUUGGAGCGACUCGGCGCUCGGACUUUGCGCGGUUCGGUUCGGUUCGGAACCGAACGGAUCGGUACUCCCGCGGUACUUCACACUUUGUUGACCCCGCAGCGGGACUUCAGGCGCCCGGGGCGACAAGUUUGUCAACAACAACAACAGCAGCAGCAGCUUCUGGAAAAGCAGCAUCAUGUGGUGGCGUUCCACAAGGCAGGACCUCCGGCUCCCUGGGAUUUAACUCCACAUCUCCUCUGAUUUAAACUGGACUCAGUUUGGAUGAUAUUCCCGACAACGACAUGCUGAGCUGAGCGAGGCUUCACUUGGACUCUUCUCUGACUAAGCCGGGAUAAAUCGAUAAGUUCUUGCAGACGAUGUAGCAGCUGUCGUUUCCUGAGAGCUCUUGUUGUUGCGAUGGCUGCCACCUCUCCAGAGAAGCACCAGCCGCUGCUGCAGCUCCAGGAAGUGGACUCCAGCCGAGUCGGCAGCCGCAUUUUGUCUCCUGCUCUGACCCACGAAGCCUGUCAGCCCAUCUGCAUCCCGGCGCCGUACACCGAUCUGGGCCACGACUUCACCCCCAUCUCUUUCUACAGUCCCACAAUCUUCAGCUACGCCGGUCAGAGCAUUUCAGAGUGUCAGUCUGUCCAUCCGUCACUGAGCGCCUCCUUAUUCUGGCCCAGGAACGGCCAUGUUGGCGCGGCCCUGCCGCUGCACCGCUCCCCGGGCCGAGCCCAGCACGGCCAGGCCGUCCAGAGCCCCUGGGAGAGCGUCCUGACCAGCAGAAAUGAUGACGUGAAAGUUUCUGUUAGCAAGAGCACGAAGAAGCUGUCGCAGGAGAACGAGGACGCCGUGGUGUCGUCGGGCGGGAAGGGCGACCUUCACUACUGCGCCGUGUGUCACGACUACGCCUCUGGGUAUCACUACGGCGUGUGGUCAUGCGAGGGCUGCAAGGCCUUCUUCAAGAGGAGCAUCCAAGGUCAUAACGACUACAUCUGCCCGGCAACCAAUCAGUGCACUAUAGAUAAGAACCGACGCAAGAGCUGCCAAGCGUGUCGCCUUCGCAAAUGCUACGAAGUUGGCAUGACCAAAUGUGGGAUCCGGAAGGAGCGCGGGAACUGCAGGACCACGCUGGUGAGGCGAGUGACCCGCUUGUCCGCCCAGGGCCGGAUAAGCCGACCCAAGGCGUUAAACAGGCCGGUGGAGAGUUUGUUAAACGAGCCUCUGGAACCCGGACUGACGCCGGAGCAGCUGAUCGAGCGGAUCGUCGAGGCGGAGCCGCCGGACAUCUACCUCAUGAAGGACAUGAAGAAGCCGCUGACGGAAGCAGACGUGAUGAUGUCACUCACCAACCUGGCGGACAAGGAGCUGGUUCACAUGAUCGGCUGGGCCAAGAAGAUCCCAGGCUUUGUGGAGCUCUGUCUGCUGGACCAGGUCCACCUGCUGGAGUGCUGCUGGCUGGAGGUGCUGAUGAUGGGAUUGAUGUGGAGAUCCGUGGACCAGCCAGGGAAACUCAUCUUCUCCCCAGACCUCUGCCUGAGCCGGGAGGAGGGCAGCCGCGUCCAGGGCUUCGUGGAGAUCUUCGACAUGCUGAUCGCCGCCACGUCCAGAGUGAGGGAGCUCAAGCUGACGAAGGAGGAGUACGUCUGCCUCAAGGCCAUGAUCCUCCUCAAUUCCAACAUGUGCCUGAGCUCAAACGAAGGCAGCGAGGAGCUGCAGAGUCGCUCCAAGCUGCUGCGCCUCCUGGACUCGGUCACCGACGCUCUGGUGUGGGCCAUCGCCAAGAGCGGGCUGACCUUCCGCCAGCAGUACACGCGCCUCGCCCACCUCCUGAUGCUGCUCUCUCACAUCCGCCAUGUCAGUAACAAAGGCAUGGACCACCUGCACUGCAUGAAGAUGAAGAACAUCGUGCCUUUGUACGACUUGCUGCUGGAGAUGCUGGACGCUCACAUCAUGCACAGCUCCCGCCUCCCUCGCCGCCCCGCCCCGCAGGAGUCCACGGAGCAGCCGGAGGCGGCGUCCGCCAGCGGCCCCUCCAACACCUGGACUCCCAGCAGCGCCGGAGUCGAAGCCCAGUGUUCAGAUUAGAGCUCAGAUCCGGCGACCUCACUGGACCGACGCUUUCCGGGAGCGAUCUGCAGAGACCGAUUCUCUGACCGCUGGUGAACCUUCGACACACUGUGCGCUGCUGCUGGUGAGUUCUGAGGACAGACCGGACCUGGAAACGAUCUGGCAUUCUGACACGCAGCGUCAGGACUUUCAACUUCUGAACUGUCGCUUCUGACAUGUAGGGCAUCGCAGCAAUGGUUGUGGCUCACUCUGCCUUCACUGACACACAGUGGUGCGUAAUUAAACUCCUGUAGAGUUGCUUUGUCACAAACUUUAACAGCAAAGAGAACGCUAUCAGAUUCAAAUAGUAUUUUUUCUAUGAUUUUAUUUACUGAGAGGGAAAAGAAAAACUUUGCAAACCAACCUGGAUCUAUGUGAAAAUGUAAAAUUACGACUAAACGUUUUUAUAUAACAAUGUUCACAAAAACAUUUAAUAAAAAUAGAUCUAUAGUAGUGAAGAACCCACAAAUUUUUGAACCAUGAAAGAUCAGAGUUCAUGGUUCAAAAAUUAGAAAAAAAAUUGGGCAAAAAUAAAUUUAAAGGCCCCUCUUAUAAAAUCAGUUCCAAAUAUUCUACUUAAAAUAAAAAAAUUUAUUUAGGAGUGUCCUAAAGUUGAUUUGCAGCAAUUAAUCGUUGGAGUAUCAAGACUCCAUAAAAAGGCAAUUUUCUGAAAGUGCAACAUAUUCAGAAACAAAACUACUAAAACUAUUUUACAUAAAAGAUUAAAUAGCAAAUUUUAAACACGUUCCAGUCAAAACUUAAAAUGAAAAAUCUGCAAAAUGCCACAUUUUUUUUUUUUUUACCUGAUUACUAAAGUAAUAACUUGCAGCAUUAAUUAAGAUUAUUGACUGUUUGCAAAUACGUGACUAAAAUGAGGCGCCAUGACGGACGUCUGAAGUGAGGAUCGGGAGAACCGAAGAGAGCAACUGGAAAAUGUUUUCCAGUUGUUUGUGUCAGUUUAUUUAUGGUUUCUUCUUGUUAGAAUCGAGAUAAUCUGUCCGUCAACGUGAUGCAUCUGAUUGGGGCUCAGAGAUGGAGGCAUUUACAGAAGUUGGUGUCGCCUUCGAGUACGACAGAAUAAAUCACUCUUCACUCAUGGGGUCAUAUUCUUCCAGCCCAACCACAAGAAAACUUUACAAAUUAUAUCUGUAUUUGUUCUUACAGUAUUUAGUUAAUUGUCGAACUAGGAAAAUAUGACCUAAAGUAAAAAAGAAAAAUAUCUUAACCAGCAGGAAAGCCGUGAGAGUGCCUUGCAGUUACUCAUCACACCACUAGGUGGCUGUAAACAUAUGCAUCAAUUAAAAAUAUUAUUAUAAAUACGCACUUAUAAUUAUAAUUUUGGGUAAAAUUCACAGACACACUUUUCUCUGUUCUGCUAGCUUACAAACCGAGCCGAACCUCCUCCCUCCUGACGUUCUGAUCAAAUUACCGACUUCCUCAAUUCACAUGAUUUAUGUCACUAUGUCUUAAACAGCGUUUCCCUUUAAACCGGAGUAACAUUAAAAACGCCCAAAACACAAGAUGCUAACCAGUUUUUUCCAAACAUGCUAGGCUAACAUACUGUCUCGAUGGUCACCAACACUUACAGCCGCCUUCUUCUAUAAAGUUAUGCAAUAAAAUGACACAUUUGGUUUCUAUCCCAGAACCUUCUGACCACUUUCAAAGUGAAAUCAACUAAAUAGAAGCGAAAUCAGAUUAUAGAUGUCUGUUUAUAGACAGGCUCUGAAGGAGCAUCAUGGCGGAGUUUCACAUAAAACCAGGUUGGAUGUCUUGGUUACUCCUCUAAAUAAAUUAAAUCAUAUUGUUUUUCUGUUAUAUUACAUUUCAUUUAAUCUACAAUACGAAAGUUUGACAAAAAAUACAUCUGUGUGGAGGCAACUAAUUUUUCACAGCACUGUACAUCAAGGCUUGUAUUAGAAUUACAUUUUCUGCAUAAAUGACAUAAAACCACUAGAUUUCUACAUCACUACUCACAGCUUUUUUUUUUUACUGCAGUGUAAUUUGCAAACAGAAAUGCCUUAAAAACUUGUUCGAAUUUUAACAGAAACCAGAAUUUUUGGGGUUUCUUUUUGCUGCUAAUCCUUUAAAAAUUAAUUAUGAAUCAACGAGGCAUAACAGAAAUGUGCACUUAUGACAAAAAAAAAAAGAUUCUUAAACUGUCAAAAAAAAAAAAAAAAAAAAGAAAAAAAAAAUAGAGCUCCAACCAAUAAACUACCAGCAUGAUGAAGUCUUCUUUUAAAUAUUGGAUUAAAAACAGUUAUUUUUGUCUUUGAUCCAAGCCACGUGUCUUCAGGGCACUUCAGCUACAAAACAAUAAAAAUGUUAAAUGCUUUUCCAGUUUUCCUGAACUGGAAACUUUUCUUAGAAGGAUCGUUUUAAGUUGAGUUUAUGCAAAUAAAGACACUUUUUAAGUGCUUGAAGACAAGCAGACAUAAGAUUUUGAAGUAAAAGACGGCGAUGACAUCACCGUGUAACUCAUGACCUGCAAAAACUGACUGCAGAAUAAUCCAUGUUCAGUUACUUUAGGUGAUUUUUACCGGCGUCCGUUGAUUGUUGGGUUUUAGGAACUAGAAUUCUCAAAUUCAGAAAAUGUGAUAAAGGACAGGAAAUGUAAAAAAAAAAACUUGUAAUGGGAGACAAUACAUUACCUAAACACAAAAUAUAAGGUCUUAAAAUAAACGAUACCGAGCCUGGCAGCCCGCCAGGCUUAUAAUACACCAGGAGAAACCCUGGAAAUAUUAAAUAUGCAUUUACUUAAAUAGUUCCACUCUAAUAAAGUUACGACCUAAAACAGGAAGUUUCUUUUAUAAACAGCUACAAACUUUCAUCUUGUUUCACUUUCUCUAUUUUUAUGACUCAAUAAUUCAAAGUUUUGCUUUAUAAAUUUCAAAGUUUAACAUCAGAGCAGGUGAUACUUUUUAUAAGCAGUAAAAACUAUUUGGAAGUUGGAUUUGUUGAUUAAGCAAAGUAAUGGGUUAGAUUUAAUCGUGGAUAAACUCAUUUAAAAUGUUCAUGUUUUGAGGUUAUUUUAACAGAAAAUACUCGCUGAAGUGUCCAAAGCAUAAAUAAAUAUCUGCCACUAACUGGUUCACCUGAGUUUUACAGAAAUGCAAAUGAAAGUUAGGAUAUCAGUUCCAACAGAUCCCGUUAUUUCUGAAGGUUUUGUGCCUCGUUAAAACGUUUUAUGGUAAGAAAGCACUUACAUGUAUGGACUGAAGGAAUACAAUAAAAAGUAAAGAAUGAAAAAUCAUUUUUAAAAAGACUAACUGAAAUUGAAGCUCAAUUGCAAUAUUUUCAAGCAUUAUUUGGGUUUAUUCAUUUCCACUUUGCAUUUUAUUGUGAGCUUCAGCUGUUUGAUCAAAAUGUAUUCCUUUUGGUUUUGUUCUGAAGUUGAGCGAGACGAAGGUGAUUUCUGUGAUAUUUUGCAGCUUUGACAAUCACUAAGAUUUACGGUUGUUUGUGCCUUCUGCCUUUUCCUUAAAACAAACCGUAUUUUGGCUGUGUAGAAAAAAAAAGAACAGAAAACUGUCGAUCUUUGUUCAUUUUUGGUGAAAACUUUUAGUAAUAAAUGUUCAAACCUGUAA